AAGUAAUUCUAGUAUUCAUUCAUUCAAAAGAAAGAAACAAAGAAACGUUAUCUUGUUUCUGUUGUUUCGUCUCCUUCCCUUCCCAUUCACAAGAUUCAUUCAUUCAUUCAUUCCUCCGUCCGCUCUGUGAUUCUGUUCCUCUCGCUGAAUGAGCCCCCAUGCCUUUGAUUGCAGAGAUAGCAAAUGCACAUUCACUGAGGGUCUCAUUACCAUUACCAUAUUAUUAUUAUCAUCAACAUCAUUUCAAAGACUCAUCAACUAAUAAGAUUAAUUGGAACUACUCCUUUGGUAACAACAACAACUUCAAUGUUCGACGACGACAUCCUAGGUUCCCAUUACUCAUUAAGGCUGUUGCUGCUGCUCCUCCUCUAAAUCCACAGCCUGAUUUAUGGGAAGAAGAACCACCUGAUGAGAGGGAGAAGUUGAGAAGAUCCAGGAUUUCUAAAGCUAAUAAAGGAAACAUCCCAUGGAACAAAGGAAGAAAGCACAGUCUUGAAACUUUGCAAAAGAUCAAGGAAAGAACACGCAUCGCAAUGCACAAUCCUAAGGUCAAAAUGAAGUUGACUAAUCGACCUGCACAAACUACAGAAACAAAAUUGAAGAUUGGUGCUCGAGUGAAAAAGCUAUGGGAAAAGAGGCGUGGGAUGAAGAUGGUGCAGGAGACUUGCUUCUUUGAGUGGCAGAAUUUAAUUGCAGAAGCAUCUAGGCAAGGCCUUGUUGGUCAGGAAGAGCUGCAAUGGAAUUCCUAUGAAACCUUGGAUGAACAGCUUAAGCAGGAGUGGUUGAUGAGCCUUGAAGAAAGGAAACAAAUGACAAGGCCGCCUUUAAGCAACAGAGAAGGAAGAUUGCAGAAGCUAUUGCUGCAAAAUGGGCCGAUCCAGUAAGUUUAUAUCUUAACAUCUCGAGUGUUUGCUAGAUCUUUUGCUCGGUUAGCACACUAUUUGAGAGUCUCAUCAAUUAGUUCUUUGUGAUUGACUUCAAACAAGUUAACACUUUUCUUACAAAUAAUUUUAAUGUCCUGCCUACUUAAUUUGAUGUUUUCGAUACUCAACAUUGUCCCUCCCAUGAUUAACUUCAAAGAGUAACUGGAUUCUUAUACUUGUAUGUUCAAUCCGUGUUUGAAAUUAUUGAUAGUUUGAUAGAA